AUGAGUUUGGACCUAGAAGAAGCUAACGAAACCCAACAACUAAUGCAAAAUGAAAUCGAAGAAGAAGAUCCAAAGAUAUCUCAAUCAGCAACAUCUCCCGUGACGAGUAAUAAAUUGUCGAGCGAAGCAGCAAGCCUUAGCUCAAAAAACCCUGGACUUUUGCCGACUAGCACAGGAAAUAACAGUGUGAAUGAUUCGGCUAAGGUUUCAUAUGUUAAUGAAAAGCGAUUCCAGCGUGAAGUUAUGCGUUCUAAUUACAACAAUAGGCCAAAGCAUAUUCCGAAAGAAGCCCCAGAUGUGAAACACAUGGAAAAAGCUUUAUUAGUGUUAUUAGAUGACUUUCACACUGGCAAACUUAGUGCUUUUAGUUCAGGAUGUAGUAUGGAACAAAUGAUUAACAUAAGAGAUCAACAGGAGCAUUUAGCACGACUACAUUUUCGACUCUGUGCUGAUGUAGAGAAACCAACAGAUGAAAAUUUUGAUAGUUCAGCUUCACGAGAUAAAAUGGCACAACUGGUACAAAGCUUGGAGCAACUAUCUGCCUCUAUAGAGCAUCUUCAUUCAGAUGAAAAUGUAAAUAUUUUCAGUGAAGAUAAAGCAAAUGUGCAGAAUACUUGA